AUGAAAAAUAUAUCGGAAUCGACGAUAAUCUCGAAGGCGCUGGAACAGGGUCAAGACCUGCGGGAGUUUUCGGCAGAGCUUAAUAAAAAGUUGCUCGAAAAGGAAAAUGAAAGCAUCGGCGAUUUCUUGAACAAUACAGAGGAAGCGUUAGAUCUGCAUAUGCGGGUUGAAAAGUGCGACGCUAUUCUCGAGCAAGUGGAAAACAUGCUGACGGGCUUCCAGGAAAAUCUUGGAGGCCUGUCGCGUGAAAUUCGUCAUUUACAGGAUCAAUCUACGUCGAUGGGCAUCAAGCUAGGAAAUCGCAAAUCAGUUCGUCAUUAUUUGUCGCAAAUGGUUGAUGAGCUCGUUGUUCCGGAAGAAAUGAUCUCCAUCAUUUGCUCGGGCAAUCUUGCCGAUCAGUCCUACAUGGAGCAACUUCAUCAGUUACAGCGAAAAAUAAAAUUUGCACGAGAACAAAGCUUUCACGAUACCAAAGCAUGCAGCGAUGUUCACCAAGUCAUUGAGAACUUGCGCGUCAAAGCAGCAUUUCGUAUUCGUUCGUUCCUCCUAGAUAAAGUCUACCAGUUCCGGAAGCCACUUGCAAACUAUCACAUUCCUCAAAACGCCAUGCUACGCUUUCGAUUUUUCUACGAGUUUAUUUUAGCGAAUGAACGCCCGACAGCACAAGAAAUCAAAGACCAAUACUUGGAAACUGUCUCAAAGAUCUACUACUCCUACUUUCGCUCGUAUCUUCAACGCCUAAUGAAGUUAAAAUUCUCUGAAACAGCAAACCGGUCGGAUCUUAUCGGGGUCGUAUCUCGUCCAAGCGCAUCCAAGUUUUCCGGAAUGUCAUUGACAAAAGCCUUCGGAAGUAUGCUGCAGUCUUCUUCUAAUGGUCUGAAGCAUAAAGAAACUGUAUUCACGUUAGGGAAUAGAAAAGCGGUCAUUGAGAGCGAGCUUGAAGCAACGAUCAUUGUGCCCCACGCUGAACGGAUUCAGGACCAGUCGCACAGUUUCGAGUCUCUUUUCCGAUCCAUUCAUUUUGCAUUGUUGGACUGCGCCUGCCGCGAAUAUCUCUUCAUCAUGGACUUUUUCCUGCCUUCAGCAAGCGUGAGAGAAGAAAUGUUCCAAUUCAUCUUCCAGACGACUCUCCAGAGCUUGAUUACACAUUUGGAGGGCUUCCUCGUUGAUUGCUGGGACUCGAUCGCCAUUUUUCUUUGCAUACACAUCAUCCUUCGAUAUCAAGUGACGGCCCACGAGCGCGAAGUGCCCGUCCUAGACUCGUUCUAUAAAACAAUACUCGAUCUUCUGUGGCCACGAAUGAUUGAAAUCGUCAACGCCAACGUGGCAUCUAUCAGAUCUUGCGAGGUCGACAAGCUUGGCAAGAUUGAUGUCCGCCCACACAUCAUCACAAGAAGAUACGCAGAGUACUACACGGCGAUUUCGGGGCUCAACGAAAGCUUCCCUGAUAAGCGGGUGGACGAAAUGCUUGAAAGCUUAUCAGCAGAAGUAAAAAAGUGUAUCACAAGGAUGAGCUCGAUAUUUCAAGAUCCCAAAUCAAAGCUUAUAUUUUUAAUCAACAACUACGAUAUGCUUCUAAGCAUUUUAUCUUCAAAUUCAAAGCCUGACAAUGACUCCGAUGCCGUCUAUCGAUUUGAACAGGCGUUAAACGCUGUCGAAUCUGAAUAUAUUCUGCUCUCAAUUCAUCCGAUGCUCAGUUUACUGGAAGAAAUAACAACAGAGAUCCAGAACGAUCGCAUUCCGUCCGAUGAACGCGUUCUCAAUGCAAUAUUGAAAUUCAAAGGAUCCUGGAAAAACGAGAUCGACAGACUAAAUGAAGACAAUCGCCGAAGCUUUCAGAACUUUCACUGCGGCUCGCGACUCCUUCAGUCCGCGUUGACGAAGCUCGUUGAAGUGUACGCAGCUUUUUUCAAGGCGGUUUCGGGCGCUCCACUUCAAAAAGCGAGAGCGGAAAUGACGAAUGUCCAGAAAUUCAUGGUCGAAGUGAAAGAAAAGCGACCUCAAUUAUAG